CUGUCCAUCGAACAUUGAUAGAUUCUUUACGUACUGCAUUAGUAUGGAUUUGUAGUUUAAUUUUAUACUAUGCCAUUGGUCCACCAUAUGGAGAACCAUUCAGUAUUGGUUGGGGUCUUAUUGAAAUUGACGGUUUUGCAUUACUCAUUAUCGGCACAUUAAUUCAUAAUCGUGUAUUAGAUAUAACUUUACUACCAUGUUGUCCAAACUCAGUAGAUUCAGUAAUAAUUAGAGGCGGCGGAAGAGGAGGAGAAGACAUUAUACCAGAUCGAAGUGAAUUCUCUGAACCAUAUUCACUUGAUCAUACAGAUACAUUUGAUUCCAGUGAUUAUGAUGAUGAUGAUGAUGAUGACGCCGAAGAGGAGGAGGCGAUGGCGGAGUCGGAUAGCAACACUCAUCACAACAUUGUUCGUGCUAAUAGUUAUAGAUCUAACAAUCUAAGCUAUCAUUCUCAUCAUCAUCAUCAUGAAGCAGAAGAACAUGAACAAUUAUUAUCACAAAAACCAUCAUAUGUUCGUACAAAAUCAUGGCAAAAUUAUUCAUCGAUCAAUUAAUUAGACAGACAUACAAUCAUUGCAAUGAUGAUUUGGAUUCUUUCCUAAUUCAAUCAUUUAUUCAUUCAUUUUAUUAUUUUCCCUCAAUGAGAUUUUUUUCUGGUGUGUAUGUAUGUGUGUGUGUGUGCGUGCGUGGAUUAUUUUUAUUUUCGUUAUCGUUGAAUCUUGAACUUUGAAUCUAUUGAACAUUGAAAAUUGAUCAUUUCACUUGAUCGAUUGAUUGAUUGAUUGAUCGAUUGAUUGAUCAAUGAAUAAUCAUAUCAAUCAAUCAACAUGUUACCUAUGGCUGUAGAAAAGAGAAAAUACAACAACAACAACAACUUUUUAUCAUUUUAUUGCUUCCACUUCAAAAGUAAUGUACAUUUUUCCCCUUAUGCUUUAUUCAUAUGGUGGUUUUUUUUUAUAUUUUUAAACAAAAAUUAUUUUAUCCCUCCCCCCGCCCUUCGAAUUUCAAUCAUUCCCAGUGAUUAUGUAAUACCAUUUAAAAAUACAGCUUUUUUAUCUAUUGGAAAUCUACUUUUUUUUUAAAAAAAAUAUGUGUC